CAAUUAACAUUCAAAUUAAUCGAAGCCAAUUUUCCCAAUUUCCUUUUUCCCUCACGCGUUUUUUAGUCCCAAACAAGUAACAAGCCCAAUUGCUGCAGAGUCAUCAUUAGAUUCAUAGAUAGGACUGGGUCUCCUCUGUCAAAGAGACAGAGAGUUAGUUUACCUUCUAAGAAACAACCUCUUUCAUUUUCAAAACAAAAUCCACAACACCGCGUCCACGUCUCUACGUCUCUUCUCUUCUCUCGUCCUGCAGAAGAAGACUCAGACACCUCGUUGACUAAUUACUCCUAAACCAAACACCCCUCUGCCCCUUCCUCUUCAAAACCUCACCAGAUUUCGUCUCUCCAUUUACUCCCAUUCUACUAUCCAUUCAAUCGGAUUUCGAUUUCCAUUUCGAUUUUGAUUUUUGGAUUUGAGAAGCAGCAGCCAUGAACGACUUGUUCUCGGGCUCGUUUUCGCGGUUCCGGAGCGAGCAGAACACGAACGACGAUCACGUGAUCGAGAUGUCAUCGGCGGGGGCGAGCACCGGCGGCGUCAACCACGACAAGUUCUUCGGCGACGUGGAGUCCGUGAAGGACGAGCUCAAGGAGCUGGAGCGCCUCCACCAGAACCUCCAGUCCUCUCACGAGCACAGCAAGACGCUCCACAACGCCAAGGCUGUCAAGGACCUCCGAUCUAGCAUGGACGCCGACGUCACCCUCGCCCUCAAGAAGGCCAAGGUCCUCAAGGUCCGCCUCGAGGCUCUCGACCGGUCCAACGCCGCCAACCGGAGCCUCCCCGGCUGCGGACCCGGUUCGUCCUCCGAUCGGACCAGGAUCUCCGUCGUCAACGGCCUCCGCAAGAAGCUCAAGGACUCCAUGGACAGCUUCAACUCCCUCAGGCAGAAGAUCUCGUCCGAGUAUAGAGAGACGGUGCAGCGCAGGUACUUCACCGUCUCCGGCGAAAAUCCCGAUGAGAAAACCCUCGACCGCCUCAUCUCCACCGGAGAGAGCGAAACGUUUCUGCAGAAGGCUAUACAGGAGCAGGGGAGGGGCCAGGUUCUGGACACGAUCCAUGAGAUCCAGGAGCGGCACGACGCCGUAAAGGACAUGGAGAAGAAUCUGCAGGAGCUGCACCAGGUGUUCCUGGACAUGGCGGUGCUGGUGCAGGCGCAGGGGGAGCAGCUGGACGACAUCGAGAGCCACGUGGCGAGGGCCAACUCGUUCGUGAGGGGCGGGACCCAGCAGCUGAACAAGGCCAGGUUUUACCAGAAAAACACCCGCAAGUGGACUUGCUUCUUGAUCAUUUUGCUGCUGGUUAUUGCGUUGAUUGUUAUUCUGAGCUUGAAGCCCUGGAACUGGAACAAUGGAAAUAAUAAUAAUAAUAAUAAUAAUCCCACGCCUUCUCCACCACCACCAGCAUCAGUAUAGGAGAGACUAGUUUUGUCACAUUGAUUUCAUAUAUAUUUUUUCUUUAUAUUUUUUUGAAUUGGUGGUGUUCAUUUCCUCCGUAAUUAAAUUACAUGUCUUCUGGGUAUGGCUUGCUAUUU